GGAAAACAUUACGAGUGGUGGCCAUAUUAAAUGUUUUGUUAUUGUCGUUGGCUACACGCUGCUGAAGUUUUGAAACAGGGUUAACGUUGAUGUGGAUUUACCACUUUGUGUUUGCGGUCGCAGUAUGGAAAGUUAUGAGGUGUUCAUUCAAAGACACCUUUCCCAACUGAGACAAUGCAACAGCAAGUCCUCUGAGUACAUAUGCAAAACUAACAAUAGCAACUCCGAAAUCACCUUCUACGGAUGCCCGAUUCUUCCUCCACUGCUGAGUUUGGAGCAGAGGGAGGAGAUGUGCAGAUACAGAGCUAUGGCCAAAGGCUUGAUGAAUGAGACAACAAUGUAUAGCCCAGGAGUAUCUGAUGGCCACAAUAUUCCCAACAGUGUUCAGAUCAAACAGUCUCCAACAUUGAAGGAAUUCAGCCAAGAAGUUGAUACAACAGGAAACACAAGCAGAAUCAGCUGCAUCUCUAAACAUCCAGGGAGUAAACAAGAGGUUAUGAAAUAUCCAUGCUCUCCUAUUCUAUCAUCCACUGGACUGACCGAUGAUUGGAAAGUGGAUGUUGAUGCCUGUGAUGUUUCUGUACAAGGUUCUCACAGUGGGGGACCUACAGUUCAUAAAAGUUGUGAAGGCUUGGAGAUACACCAUCUGACUUUAGAUCCUCAUAGUGAUGUUUGCCCUCAGGCUCUGUCAACAGGAGACAUGCCAUCUGAGACUCAUCUAGUGGGUACAUCCAUUUAUAAUGAUGGUGUUGAAACAGAGAGAUUUGGUAGAGAGCGUAGCUCUAAGAUAGACUUUGCAUUACAGAAACCUGCUCAUGCUAUUAGUCUGGGACCCAGUAUCAUUAACCAUGUUCCAAUGGAUGCACAGGCUUUGGAGGAAUGUAUGGUUGCCACGCCAACACAAAUGGAAGAUUCACUACAAACUCACACUGACCAAGAUAGAUGUCUGUCUGGAGUAAACCCAUCAGAGGGUCCAUGCUGCACUGGUUUACAAAAGCUUUCAACACAAACUCCAGCGCACAAGUGGGAGCUCCAGACACUUAUAAGGCAGGACAGAAACGAUACGUUACCAGUACUCUCGCCAGCAGAGGAGAGUGUUUCUGAUAAAGAGAAUGAGGAUAUCUCAGAGGAAGAUGUUGUGGGAAGCGGGGAACACAAGAGGCCCAGGGGGGAAAGGCAGGAGCAAGGGGGGGUCCAAACCCCUGAGGCCGAAAAAAGGGCAAUUUGAUUGGACAAUGCCAAUGAUCCCAUUUGAAAAUCUGUGUGACUCCAGAGGAAAGAGGCAAAUUAAUUUAUUUAGUGAUGAGAGUGAAGUGUCUUUUGAGUUUGAGAAUGAUUACCUGGAUCAGAAAGCACAGAAUAAAAUGUCAAGCGGAUUGAAAUUGGUUGGUAGUCAAAAAGAGUUCACACCAGCAUUAAGCUGUUCUAGAAAAUCCUUCUGUGGAUCGCCAAUACCUGGAUUCACAGCGGGGAAGUUCAAAACUGUUCCCAUACCCCAGCUCUGUUUGAGUCCUGUUAGUUGUAAGAAAGGUGGUAGAGUUAAUCCUGAGAUGAAUAAACUUUUACACAUGGAAAGCAAAGUUUUAUCAAAUUUGAGUAACCCUGCCGGUCAGGGCAGUGGCAACAAGAGUGUGGUUGCAGGAGACAUACUUUGUGAUGGAAGCUCCAGCAACACACAACAGAUUGCUCAGCUGGAACUUAAUCUGUCUAGCCUGAAGGGCUUGAUCUCAAACCUGGAAUCUUAUCUAUCAGAGACAUGGACAGACCCGUUAGACGCGGACACAGAUGCAUCUGCUGAGUGUUCCUGCCAUGAUCAGUCUCAUAGCUCUCCUGUUGUAAUGAACCACCCAACCGACAGUGACAGCAAACAACCAGUCAUCACCGUGUCGGAAUAUGGGAGAAGACCAGUAAGUGACAAUGAGCAGCCACAGUUACAUCAGGCAAUGCUUCAGGAUGAUUUCCGAGUUGCCACAGGAGAAUGCCAGGAUCCACUACUUGUAGAUACCAGCAGUAAGUCGGAGCAGAAGAGGACCGGGCCAAAAUGGAAUGAGUCUCUCAAAGGUGUGUCGAUGAACCAGUCCUACGAUGUGGAGGCACCCUCCGGGCUGUUGCUGCAGGCUCAGCUCAGUGGUGGGAAGCAAUGCACUCCAUGGACUGACUGUCACGGUGUGGCUUUUCAUGCCAAACGAAGACUCGUCAUGAAGUCGGUGGACAGAAAUUCUUCAACUUCACCGGAUCAAACAUCUGGCAUUAUAGGAAAGUCCCCGUCCAGCGCUGACAAAGGUUUCAUCCAAAAGCAGUGGAGAUGUGGUCAGAAGCUGGAGAUGAAGCUGGGGAAGUAAAGAGGUCAUGUCCUUUAAAACCAUCACUGUGCCCAGGAGUACCUCAGCUGACUUGUCUAAGUGAGCAUGCCAACUUUUCCUGCUCAGUAGAACUCCUUCGUAGGUGACUGGAUUGAGAAUCUCACUGGAUGGAGAUGCUUUAAAAUACUGCAAAGUUGGAAUGUCUGCUGUUAAAAUCAUUUUCGUUCUUUCACUCUUUUUUUGUACAUAUACUGUUAUGGUUUGCUUCAUAUUUAAUGUCAGAUUGUUUUUAAUAAAGUUAUUUUUUAAUUUAUUGUGUUUGCAUUUAUUAAUAUCAGAUCUUCCAUGUGGUAACUUGAUUAAUUACCAAAUAUUUUAUUAGUUAGAAAGAGCCUGUGUAAAACCGCUGGAAAUAUUUUGAGAUCACAGCCUCACUGUCCUCAAUGUUACUUGCCUGGGUGUGAGUUAUUUUAGAAAUACUCCAGGGGCUCAUGUACAAAGCCUUGCAUAAAAUUCAUACCAAAUCGUAGCAUACACACACAAGAAAAAAGAUGUACAGAUAUGCACAAGACUCAAUGCACCACUUUGUUUAUCCCGAUCAAUGAGAAAGUGCACCAGCAACACACUACCCUCUCUCCGCUGCUGUAUUCAUUUGAAUAUGCUCAUUUUAAGAUCCGAUCUGUUCAAAUUGAGACAAAACGGCAAAAGCAAGCAGCUAAUCAUUCAUCAUUCAGCAGUGUUCUUAUCUGAUGAAAAAGCAAGAAAACUAAUUUUAUUUGACAAUUUGUCAUCUAUCGUUAACAGAAAACGGGGAGGAGAGGUGUGUAAAGAUAGAUGGAGAGAAAAAUUAGUAGAGUAUGGAAGGUGUCUCAAUAUUCCUAGUUAUACAGUUAAAUGGAGAGGGACGGAGAGAAGAUGAGCCUUGGAACCAGUGAAACACAGGUGCAAGCCAGUUUAAUGAACCUAUUGUGAUCAAUGGCCCAAUGUAAGUCUAUGGGAGAAAUUGUAUUCGUUUUUCUUUAGU